UUACAAAAAAAAAAAAAACCACUAAAGCCCCGGUAUUUACAAAAUGAACCCGCGAGAAUCACGUAAUAUUCGAUAACACCCAUGGCAUGAUGAUGACGAUGACGAUGGCGUAUCGAGUUGAAGAGGUGGUUAUCGUUUAUGCGAAGGUGAGAGCGACACAAGGGAAGAGAGAGAAAGUUUCAGAUAGAGAAAUUUCCGCUCUUCUCUCGCAACCCUAAGAAUCCAACUAAUUUUCUACCAUAUAAAAACCUCUUCUCCUCAAUCUUCUUCCUAUAACCGCGCGCGUCUAUCUCGAUUCCUGUUAUUUCUUCAUAUCUAAGUUUUUUUUCUGUUGAGGGCUUAAGUUCAUCAGAGAUUAGAUUGCCAAUGGCCAAAUCGAAGAAGCUGGAGAGGAGAUCAGAUUCCCAGCACCAUCUAGUAAGCCUGCGUAAGCUAUCAUCUAGGUGCACGAAGGUCUGUGGAGACACCCACAAUGGGAAGAAAGCUUCCGAAAAGAAGGAAUGGGAAGAUGCAGAAUGCUCGGUCUGCUUGGAGUUUCCUCACAACGCUGUUCUCGUGCUCUGUUCCUCGUACGAUAAGGGCUGCCGUCCUUACAUGUGCGCUACUAGCCAGCACUACUCCAAUUGUCUCGAGCAGUACACGAAGGUUGCCCCCAACCACACCUCCAAAUCAUGGCAACCAUCAUCAGCAGCAGCUGCCUCUGAACUAUCUGGGAUAUUGUGCCCUCUUUGUCGGGGCCAGGUGAAGGGCUGGACAGUGGUGGAGCCUGCACGUAGACAUCUCAACGCAAAGAAGAGGGCCUGUGUGCAGGAGGGCUGCUCGUUCGUGGGCCGCUACAAAGAGCUCAGGAAACAUGUCAAGUUAGCACACCCUCUGGCCCGCCCCCAGGAGGUGGACCCUUUGCACGCUGAGAAAUGGAAAAAGCUCGAGAAUGAGAGGAACAUAAGCGACGUGAUUAGCACGAUCAGAUCCACCAUGCCCGGGGCGAUUGUCAUUGGUGAUUACGUGAUAGAAAGGGACCGUCACGGCUACAGGGAUUAUGACGAUGAGGAUAAUUUGGACAAUGACGAUGAUGGUUUGGAUGAGUUGACGUUCAGUGCCGGCGAGCGCUGGGAUAGCGGAGCUCGAGCUGCGGCUCCGGACAGGCGCCAUCGUCCGGGGCAACGGGCGAGAUUAUUGGCACAGCGUUUGACCGGGAGGCUCAGAGGGCAAGGCCGGUAAUGUGGUUGGUUUUCUGUUGCAAGGAAAGUAGGUACGUCAAAAAAACUAGAUUUGUUUUCGCUUUUGAUUGAAAAAUCAAGAGUAUGUAGUGUAGUAACUUGUUAUUUGUUGGUUUCUGUUAGUAUUGUACAGCGCUGUGCUGAUCGUAGUUCCUUUUCACUCAACAUAAUCCCAAACUAUGAAAAAGAAAGAAAGAAAAGCAUGUAACAGCUCAUUGAUUAUAUAAUCUACUAGUACAUGAUUUUCUUUCUUGAUA